UAUAUUGUGAUGGUCUGCCGACCGCUUGUAUUGAGACAAAUGCAUGCAAUACUCUAUUGAUGGCAUCGCCACCGGACAGCCCGACCGGCGUAGCGGGUGUUCAGUUUGAAAUGUUCACCAAAACAGAUCCUCAGAUUCAAUAUAUCUCAAUGGCUUUGUCAGUGGAUAAUAAAAUGGGAAGCGAUUCUGUGACAGACAUUAUUGUCUCAUCCGAUGGGAAUCAACUGGAAUUGAAGCAAAGUUGGAACCAAAAGGAUAAAAAAGAUAACGAUGAGAUCGCGGGUAUGGAUGGCAUCAAACAAAUAGGAAAUAUUGUUAAUAGUGACGGCAUUAUAAGUGCCAAAUGGGUUCGCGAUGCCAUCACAACACCAAAUGGACAAGAGUUUGAUAUUUUAAAGACUGAUCACAACAUACUGUUAGCAAAAGGACCCUUCAAGGAAAACAAUAAGAAAGCACACCAUUCACUGAGAACUUACUCCCAAUCAGAAGUGGAUCUGAAGUUUACUAACGAGAAGGCAUUGUCUCAUUUAUACAACACAUGUAAUGGGAAGUUAUGUUUGGGUCAUCCAAACGGAUGUAUUGCCACCAAAACCUGCGAUCAAUUGCUGGCCAUUACUAAUAGCGGAUAUGGUUUGAGCGACGGAAAGGUUGCCUUUCAUAUGAUCGGCAAAGCGAGUAACGAUGACUCGGCCGCCACGGGUUGGAUAGCGACAGCUCUGUCUCUCGACAACCUUAUGGGAAACGAUGCGGUCGUCGAGUGUCUGGUUCUCGCGGACGGAAAGACAAUACUCCGGAACAGUUGGAACACAAAUCCAGGCAAAGAUUUGACUAAUGAAAUAAUAGGGAAUGUGAUGGGAGUGGAGACUACGGGUGAUGUGGUAUAUGACGGCGGACUUAUAAACUGCAAGUGGACGCGAGCGGCCAAUACAGUGGUCAGGGAUAAGACAUUUGAUUUGAGUCAAAGCUUUUACGUGCUUUUGGCCAAAGGGAAGCUAACGGAUACGACAACAGGAGUAAAGGAUUUUCACUCUAAGAAAUAUGUGAGUCCGCGAGCAUUGAAUUUGCAAACAGAUAAAAGCGCAACAAUUGAUCCGUCGGUCAGUACACCGAUGCCAUCACUCUUAGCCACCGCUUACAAGAGAUGUACGGAUAACGAGAGACUUUGUUUUGGCUAUAAUAACGGCAAAGAAUGCAUUGAUACCAACGACUGCACGGCUUUAGUCAGUUUAGUCUCAAUGUCCGCAACUGAGGGGACCGUUGAGUUUGAGUUGUUUUGGUCGGGAGCGACCGCUUCCGGGUAUGUGGCUCUCGGACUCUCCACAGACGGUGUUAUGGGUGACGACACCGUCACUGAAUGCAUAGUUGAUAAAAAUGGCGGAACACGUCUCGGCCAGGGGUGGACUGUAGACCACAAAGGCGUUGACAAUAUAAGUGAUGACCAAAGCGUAAGCGAAUUGGACAAGUCGUUUGCCGACGGCUUACUCCACUGUAAAUGGAGCCGAAAGCCAUCGUUCACUAUAAGAGGCCAUAGCGUUGACAAUAUAAGUGAUGACCAAAGCGUAAGCGAAUUGGACAAGUCGUUUGCCGACGGCUUACUCCACUGUAAAUGGAGCCGAAAGCCAUCGUUCACUAUAAGAGGCCAUAGUUUUGAUUUACAAAACAAUUCAUAUUAUUUGCUGUUAGCGUACGGACCGCUUGCUUCAGAUGAACAAAACAUUGCAAAACACACGGAAGUAAAGCCCACCGAUUUGGCCACAAAUCUGCAGUCUGUGGGCAUUUUAAAGGCGGCGCCCGUCAGUAUAUACAUAAAGCUGCAUGGUGCUUUUAUGAUAAUCGCGUGGUUGGGAUGCGUCAGUAUUUCCAUACUAAUGGCUCGCCAUUACAAGAAUUCAUGGCCUGAUUCUACGCUCUGUGGCGUUAAACUCUGGUUUGCGUAUCACCGGGCGAUUAUGGUCACGGGUGUGGUCGCAAUAAUUAUUGCAACGGUUUUAAUAUUUGUCGAGAAGAAAGGCUGGAGUGGACCGUCUCCGCACGCAAUCAUUGGCUUGACUGCAAUCAUACUAUCAUUACUGCAACCAAUCGGUGCUCUCUUCAGACCCGGUCCCGACUCUCCGAAGAGAUGGCUGUUUAAUUGGCUUCACUGGUCGGGCGGUUAUAUCGGACACAUCCUGUCGUGUAAUCGCGGCGAUAUGUUUAACAUCAAAGUUUGGUACUUUGGUCCCAAAAUUUUGUUGACUGAUAACGACCACAAAGAAGUCAAUCAAAGCUAUCUUAUGUUAUACUUGGGAGACGAGUGAUAGAUACACUUCAAGUGUUGUUAUCCAUUGCUAUUAUCAUAGCAUUUGUAAUCGCGCUCUUAAUACUCUUUUUAUUGUGAGUGAGAAACUAAUUAUAAAAAAUAUUGUCAAUCGGUUGUCAUUUAUGCGUUAAAUUGCUUUUCGGCAGAAAAACAAUUUAUUUAUCACAUAAUGAGC